AGGAAAGGAAAGUGAUUGAUUCGGAUCCUGACACCGCAGGAUCUGGGGGAAGCGAGACAAAGGAGCAUUGAGGCUGAUCUGUAAGGCGAAUGCAGCCCUCACGAGGGAGCAGGAUUGCUCUUCCUCCUGCGAUCUGACAGUUUACUGCGGGACCGGGACCGGGGAGAAGACAGCCUUAGAAAUCAAGGUCACCGCUGCGAAAGGAGGGAAGAGGAGACUUUCACUGAUGGACCCUGAGCCAUGGCCGCAGAGCCCCGUGUCUGAGAGGGCAGCUUAGCGCCCGGGAGUCUCAUGCGCCUUGCAGUUUGCUGAGCUGGGUGGUUUAUUACCGACAGAAAGAAAGAAUGUGGCAGCUUGUUUUCUUUACUCUGAGCUGUGAUCUGGUCCUAGCCGCAGCCUAUAGCAACUUUCGCAAGAGCAUGGACAGCAUCGGGAAGAGGCAGUAUCACGUCCGGCACGGCUCCUGCAGCUACACGUUCCUCCUGCCGGAGACGGACAACUGCCGCUCGCCCCCCAGCGCCUACGUGCCCAACGCCGUGCAGAGGGACGCGCCGCUCGACUACGACGACUCCGUGCAGCGGCUCCAGGUGCUGGAGAACAUCAUGGAGAACAACACCCAGUGGCUCAUGAAGCUUGAGAAUUACAUCCAGGACAACAUGAAGAAAGAAAUGGUGGAGAUACAACAGAACGCAGUGCAGAACCAGACCGCUGUGAUGAUAGAAAUAGGAACCAACCUGCUAAAUCAAACCGCAGAGCAGACCCGGAAGUUAACUGAUGUUGAAGCCCAAGUAUUAAAUCAGACAACAAGACUUGAACUUCAGCUUCUGGAACAUUCCCUAUCUACAAACAAAUUGGAAAAACAGAUUUUGGAUCAGACCAGUGAAAUAAACAAACUGCAAGAUAAGAACAGUUUCCUGGAAAAGAAAGUUCUAGAUAUGGAAGACAAGCACAUAGUCCAACUUCGGUCAAUCAAAGAAGAGAAAGAUCAGCUCCAGGUGUUAGUAUCCAAGCAAAAUUCCAUCAUUGAAGAACUAGAAAAACAAUUGGUGACGGCCACGGUGAAUAACUCAGUUCUGCAAAAGCAGCAACAUGAUCUGAUGGAGACAGUGCAUAAUUUACUGACUAUGAUAUCGACAUCAAACUCAGCUAAGCACUCCCUCAUUGCUAAGGAAGAACAAAUCAUCUUCAGAGAUUGCGCGGAAGCUUUCAAAUCAGGACUGACCACCAGUGGCAUCUACACGCUGACGUUCCCUAACUCCACGGAGGAGAUCAAGGCUUACUGUGACAUGGAAACAGCUGGAGGUGGGUGGACAGUUAUUCAGCGACGUGAAGAUGGCAGUGUUGAUUUUCAGAGGACUUGGAAAGAAUAUAAAGUGGGAUUUGGGAACCCUUCAGGCGAACACUGGCUGGGAAAUGAGUUUGUUUCACAAGUGACUAAUCAGAAACGCUACGUGCUUAAAAUACACCUGAAAGACUGGGAAGGGAAUGAGGCUUACUCGUUGUACGAUCAUUUCUAUCUCUCAAGCGAAGAACUCAAUUACAGGAUUCACCUUAAAGGACUCACGGGGACAGCCGGCAAAAUAAGCAGCAUAAGCCAACCAGGAAAUGAUUUUAGCACAAAGGACACAGACAACGACAAAUGUAUUUGCAAAUGUUCACAAAUGCUCACAGGAGGCUGGUGGUUUGAUGCCUGUGGUCCUUCCAACCUGAACGGAAUGUACUACCCACAGAGGCAGAACACAAAUAAAUUCAAUGGUAUUAAGUGGUACUACUGGAAAGGGUCCGGCUACUCGCUCAAGGCCACGACCAUGAUGAUCCGCCCAGCAGAUUUCUAAAUGCCUGCGCACACCUGAGGAACGGUGUCUUCCAGUUUUCAAAGACUUAAUCCCAAAGCUCUGGAAGACACAGCUGCAUGCUGCCUCCCUAUCCAGCUCGGACAGACUGCCCGCGCUCCAGACCGAGGGGACCCGCGAGCUCCCAGUUAGAGCCCCAUCAACGUCACCCCUUAAACCCGCAUCACUCAACGAACCGAAGCACAACCCCCAACGAGCCACAGCCUGGCAUGGUGACCUGGUAGAAAGCCUACGGGAAGAUAAAUUUAAGCUUGCGAAUGAGACUGACAAUUUACAGGCUCUGUUGUCACAACCAAGAAUGUUAUGUGCGAGUCGAUCAGUAAAUAACUGGAAAACAGAACACUUAUGCCAUAUAGUAGAGAUAACCUUGGAACUGCAUUCUUCUGAGCACUGUUUAUAGACUGUGUAAAUAUCCAUAUGUCCUGAAUUCAGCACCACUAUCGUAAUUAAAAGGAAGGAAAAAUUCU